AUAAAUAUCAAUGUUUUAGUCUGUUCUUUACAUGUGAGAGUGAAUUUUAAUUGUAAGUUUUUGGUUCCACCCGAUUCCCAGAUAUUCUGUGACUUUCUAUACGGUUACUCAAUCAUCGAUUAAUCAUGCCCAUCCCUACUUCAGAGAAUCACAAAAACAGUUUUUUCCACAUCACCCCAUGUUCACGGAAUUGUCCUUGGCCCUUUCGUGAUAAAAAGCCUGCGAGUGUUCCCAUGGCUGCCAAUUCAUACAUCUCACUCAUCCCUGAGUGUGAACUAAUGUUCAUGUCCCGGAGGCCUCUUUAAGUCCCAUACAGGACAAGGGCCAUUUUUUAACAGGGCAUAAAGGACGAACUGACAGAGUCAUCGGUGAGCGCUUGGAACCUUUGCCAAGUAUCAUUAGGCCAAGGAUUAAAUCUGGGUGAAAAGAAGAUGUAGGAGGAGACAGCGGAGUGUAACUUAUUUUGUGUGGCUGACCUCUGUUGUGAGCAAACAGGUUUAAAGGCAACACAAAAGGGAAGAGCUGCGAGGUAGGACGGUUGAGGAGAGAGGGCGACAUGCCUGCAGGGCUCCAUGGUGAAGCCGCUCAAUGGUCACAAACAAAAGGCAGCACAGAGGGGAAAGCAGACCCGUCCACGCGCCAUGACGAAAGAAGGCUCUAGUCAUCCAAGUCCAAAUGCAGAUGGGAAUCGGCGCUGCAUGUCUGGCAGCAAUUAUGGCAGGAAAGACAGCAGGAUUAGAGCGCUAUCCCAUUCAGGAGUCCCAUUAGUGGGAUUGAUGUUCUUGGCCAUCAUCCCGUUUGGAGUGAGCAUCAAACAAAGUGUCCCUCGCGUCAAACUGAGCCAGAGAGCAGAGCUGCUGCAAGCAGGCAGCGUUUCCUUGUUUUUGGGUCCCUCCGAUGGCCUCCUGUCCCACUCCCUGCUGCUGGAUGAGGAGAGGGGUCAUCUUCUGCUGGGAGCCAGGGAUCACAUCUACCUGCUUGACCCCGACAACCUGGCCAUAGGUCCCAGAAAGAUUCACUGGCCUGCACCUCGAGACCGAGUGGAAGUAUGCAAACUGGCAGGCAAAAAUUCAAAUGAGUGUGCCAACUUCGUGAGGGUGCUCCACAACUACAACUUGACGCAUGUCUACGCCUGUGGGACAGGAGCCUUCAACCCCAGCUGUGCCUUUGUUGAAAUCACUGGCUCCAGACAGGAUGGAGUGUUCAAGCUGCUGUCUGCUACAGUGGAGUCUGGCAGAUUAAAAUGUCCUUAUGAUCCAUUGCAGACAUUCACAUCAGUCCUCACAGACCAGUUUCUCUAUGCUGGCACUGCUUCGGACUUCUUGGGCAAAGACAUGACGUUCACACGCUCCCUCGGCCCGCCACCUGACCAGCACUACAUUCGCACAGACAUCUCCGAAUACUACUGGAUCAAUGAGGCCAAGUUCAUAUCGGCACAGCCCAUCGCGGACACCUACAAUCCGGACGACGACAAAAUCUACUUUUUCUUCCGGGAGGUAUCGUGGGAAGGCAACGACAAGAGUAUAGUAUCCCGCGUGGCUCGCGUUUGCAAGAAUGACGUGGGUGGCCUGAGGAGUCUGACCAACAAAUGGACCACCUUCCUCAAAGCCAGACUUGUGUGCUCCAUUCCUGGACCCGACGGCGUGAACACACACUUUGAUGAGCUACAGGACAUUUUCAUGCUUCCUACAAGAGAUCCGAAGAACCCAACAGUGUAUGCCGUCUUCACCACCUCCAGCUCCAUUUUUCGGGGUUCGGCCGUGUGCGUGUACAGCAUGGCGGACAUUAGGGCCGCCUUCAAUGGGCCCUACGCCCACAAGGAGGGGCCAGACCACCGCUGGGUAGAGUAUGAGGGGAGGAUACCAUACCCGCGUCCUGGAACGUGUCCCAGUAAAACGUACGACCCUCGCAUCAAAACCACCAAAGAUUUCCCCGACGAGGUGGUCAGCUUCAUCCGUUACCACCCGCUGAUGUUCCACUCCGUCUACCCACUGAGCGGCCGGCCCGCGUUCACGCGGGUGCGAGUGGACUACACCCUCACUCAGAUUGUGGUGGACAGAGUUUUAGCCGAGGACGGACAGUACGAGGUUCUCUUCCUUGGGACGGACACUGGCACCGUUUUGAAGGUGGUGAGCAUCACCAGAGACAAGUGGUCCACGGAGGAAGUGGUGCUUGAAGAACUUCAAGUGUUCCAGGUUCCCACUCCGAUUCUCAGUCUGGAGAUUUCUUCUAAGCAGCAACAGCUGUACGUGGGCUCCAGCGAGGGUCUGGCCCAGCUUUCGCUCAGCCGAUGUCACCUGUACGGCCAAGCCUGCGCCGAGUGCUGCCUGGCCCGAGACCCCCACUGUGCCUGGGAUGGACACACGUGCUCCAGAUACGUCCCUGCGGCCAAGAGGAGAGCCAGGAGACAAGAUAUCAAGCACGGAGACCCUGCCAGCCAGUGUUGGGAUACAGAGGAUAGCCUCGGCGUUGGAAAGGUGGAGGAGGGAGUUCUCUUCGGUGUGCAGAGCAAUUCGACGUUCCUCGAGUGCAUCCCCAAAUCUCAGCAGGCCCACAUCAGCUGGUUCGUUCGCAGGACUGGAUCGGAACACAGGGAGCAGGUCAGGCCGGACGACCGUGUCAUACAAACGGACCGAGGCCUCCUGAUUCGUUCCCUGCAUGUGUCCGACGUCGGCGUGUACGAGUGUGAAGCUCAGGAGCACACUCACUUCACGCACACACUCCGCCGUGUCACACUGCAACUUGUCCCGCACGGCCAACUGGACCGAAAACCUAAAGGUGGUGAAGACCUGAUGACAGAGCUACGGCACGGCCUCCGUUACAAAGACUACCUGAGGCUCAUGAGCUCCCCCGUGAGCUCCCUGGAGGAGUACUGCGACUCACUUUGGCUCGAGAAGAGGCUGUCGAAGGCCCGCGGCCGAGCCUUGGGCGUCGGCAAGUGGAAACACAUGCAGGAAAUGAAGAAGAGUAGGAACAGAAGGCACCAGCGAGAGAAGGAAAGAGUGACUGACAAACUGUAGUGGACGGUGAACGACGAAGAGGGCUGGAAAAAUGGGCCGGACAGGUGAGUCCGUACACAACAAAAAAAAAUUGGAAAGGUUAACAGUUGACAGCAUAACUUGGAAUCUGUUUUUUUGUACUUUAUUUUUAAGGCUCUGGUGUAAAAUGCUCCAAAAAUACAAAGCCUAACUGCCCAUGCGGAAAGUUAAUGACCAAUUAUUUAAUCGAUUAAUUGUAAUUCAUACAAAAAACGUUGAGAAUCCCCAAAUUGGUACGUAAGUUGGAACAUUUCAGUAGCAAGAUAACAUUUUGUUGCAUGCUGUGAAUGGGGUAAGAAGAAGCACCAUCUGGUAGACAAACUUGAGAGCCGGUAAUGGGGUCUCAAAUUUACGAUGGAAUUCCGUUCCGCUGGCAACCACGCUCCCCAAAUUUAAAUGUAAUUUGGAGCAGUUAUCAUUUCAGUUGCUGUAGACACAAUAAAAAGGUGUGAAAGUUUGCUCCAUGCUUUGAACGGGGCAAAAAGUAGUGCCAUCUGGUGGACAAACCUGAGAGCCAGUAACAGGGGUCUUCAGUUUAUGUCGGAAUUCCAUUCCGACAGCGGCUACACAACCCAAAUUUGUACAGCAUGUAAGUUGGAACAAUUUCCAUUUGAGUACCGAGGCAACUUUGUAGAAAAUGGUGUGAAAUUUUGCAGCAUGCUUUGAAUGAGCUAAAAAGUAGCAUCAAUUGGAGACCAAACUUGAGAGCCAGUAACAGGAUUCCCAGGCUUACAACGGAAUUCCCUUCUUACGGAGGCGCUAUAACUAGGGGUGGGCGAUAUGAAUCGCCUUCGAUAUAAUAGCCAACGUUGCUUUAACGAUGGGCACUUUUAUGUUAGGAGUAUUCAUUCUGUCUCUAAGAGAAAGCAACCGAAUGGGUGCAUGGACGGCAUAUGAGGAGAGAAAAGUGGAAGAGCAUGAAAGUCCUCAUUCGCCAAAUCAGCGGACAUGAUUCAGUCACGUGACUCAGUGGCGAGCAAAAUAAACUCUCGCCCUCAAACUAGCGGGCCGAGCAACCUUUUCAGGAGUUUAGCAGCUGAAAAAGUGGGUGAAUUGAAACAAUGGACUUCAAAAGAAAGAAUGUUUUGGCGUUUUGUUGGCCAACUGGAAAAUGACACAGGCUACCAACUACGUGCUGGCUUUCCAAGCGUGGCCAGUUUAAAAGCAAAACAAAAAGAAAGGACGGCGCUGUUACGAUCGUAUAUUCACUGGGGGAUUCAUUCAUUUUGGAUAACUCUUACAAAGAAAACUGCGCGCUGCCAAAAUCAUCCCAAACGCUGGUGAGGCUAACGGAGGAGCUAGCUAGCAUAGCCCUACUGGCACAGCUGUUUGUAACUAAAUACUGUAUUUCACUAUCCCAUCACCGAUCACCCCACCCACUGCUUUAGUUAUUUGAACCCUGUAAUGUAUUACCAAUUUCGGCUGCUAAAUUUUCAUCAUUUCAAAAUUAUGUGUGGGCCCGCAAGUGCGAAGCUUGAUCUUUUUUCCAUUUCACCCUUCAUAAGAAACACCUAGUCAUGUGGAAAGGUUUAAAACUUUAUGAAGCUCGUAAAUCUAAUUUCCCUCACGGGAUGAAAAAAGUAUCCAUCUAUCCAUCCAUCCACGACUUCCGCUAAAGAAAAAAUUAGAAAACCUACAAAACACACAGAAAACCCUCGCCGAGUCAUUUAGUACACACCCACUAUUUGACAAAAACAAGUAAACGUUGGCAAGACAACGCCAUCAGCUACAUUUCUUUCGGCUGUUUUCUAGCCUAAUUUGUAUGACAGUGUGCAAACUUGUCUAUUUGAUUUAAAAUAUUUAUCUUAAUUUUUGGACAUUUAAAAAAAAAUUGUUUUUAUAAAAAGCUUAACUAAAAUAUUGUGUAAACCUGAUUUGGCAUAUUCUCCUGUCUGGGCAUAAGUUAUGAAUUGUUAAAUACUGCCAUACAUAUUCUUGUGCAAUGUCAAGGAUAAAUGUCCUCGGAAGCAAGCAGAGCUUUACACCGUUUUAUAUAUAUAUAUAUAUAUAUAUAUAUAUAUAUAUAUAUAUAUAUAUAUAUAUAUAGGAUAUCUGUCAAAUUGUCGUUAUCGUAAAAUAAAAUAAAAAUAAAUAAAUAAAAUAAAAAAGAUAUUUUCAUUGCCCAUCUAUCGCCCACCCAUAGUUAUAACUCAAAUUCAUACGUUAGUUGAAAUGAGUUGCAGUCUAUCUUUAACCUAUGCUAAUGCAGUUGUGACAUCACAACUACAAUAAAUAAUUGUAUGAAAAACAACCCAAUGAAAAACAGUAUGACUGUAUCUGCACAAACUAGUUCAUUGCCAGGUAGUAACCACUAAAUGUCCUAUGUCUGUACUGCCGGGAACCGAAGAGCCCCUUUAUCCAUUUAAAUACCAGAAAAUACUGUGUAGUCCACAACGAUUUUUAGUCUGUGUUUCCUUUUUACCGAUUAUUUUAACAUUACACACUGUCAAACAAUAACAAUAGCUGAUGUCAGGUUGUUGUUCUUAAAGGUCAGAUGACUUGUAGCCAAGUAGUGCACUCAAUUUUGUCUCGAGUGACACAAAAUGAACAUAACGGCUGACGAUUUAUUCACCGAUUAUCAUGCCCAUCCCUACUUUGGUCAUUGAGAGAUUCGAAACUAUUGUUAAAUUAGUGAUCAUGGGAAAACUGUUUCCUCUUGAGGAUGACAAUGCAUUCAUGUUGAAUGACUGACUGUAAAUAAUUGUAUAACUUGUAUAGAAUAUACAAGGUGCAUCUCAAUACAGUCAUCCCCCGUCUCUGCCGCAAAUAGUGAAAGUCCAUGAGUAAUUGACACCCAGACAAAAAUAUUGUACGUAAUUGCCAAAAGAUGCCAGCAAGGCACUUUUUUCUAUUAGACAAAGCUACGGCCUAACAAAAUGGAAGCUCCUCUCCUCAGUUCAACAUAGAUGCUCGGCCCGAAAAUGCCACCAGAUAGCGCCAAAGCAAUAUUUUUAUACAAGACAUGGCUUUGGCCUGAGCACAAAAUGGUAAAUAGACGGGUUUUUCAACAAAAAACAGAGGAAAGGUUUCCUCAAAAAUUUUUUGCGUGUGCGUGUGUGUGGGGAGGGGGGGGGGGGGAUCACUGUAAAUUAGAAUAUCCUAGAAAAGUUCAUUUAUUACAGAAGUUGAAUUCAAAAAGUGAAACUCAUUUUCAUUGAUAUUAAACAUUGUUCAGAAGGCCAAUUCUUGCCCAAUUCCUAUAUUAAAAUCAUUUUGCUUACUUGAGAAGUGAUUGAUAUUUUCAUUAGCUGUAAGCUAUAAACAUCCAAAUUGAAUCAUAAAAUAUUUCACUCUGUUUGUAGUGAAUCAUAUAAGAGUUGGACUUUUUUAAAAUUUAACUACUGAAAUAAAAUUGUUUUUUCUACAAUAUUAAAAUUUGUUGAGAUGCACCAGUACAUGUCCAGUAAUUAGUGCUUUUUAUGAUAAACACGAAGGCUGUGAUGUCAGGGGCAGCCAAUAUUAUAUUUUUGUACUGUCAGAUCUUUGUUUUUUGUUGAAACUAUUUAAAUAAAUAUGUCAUGUGUGCCUAAAACUUGAA